AUGGAACUCGAUUUGAACAGUGACGAGGAGGAAAUAGCUAGCGUAGUGCGCGAUGCUAUCAAGAUCCAUGGCCACGUUACGCGCCUUAUCAACAAUGCAGGAUAUGUAAUGAUCGCAUGCAUGGAGGAAAUGUCAAUAUCACAAGCGAAGCAUCUAAUGGAUACCAAUUAUUGGGGCGCAAUUAGCUUAACAAAUGCCUUUUUGCCUCAUUUCCAAGGACCAUCUUUUGAGGCACUUAAGAUGGAGACUGAACAUUUCGGACUUAACGUGAUGCUGAUAGAGCCAGGCGGAUUCCGUACAAGUAUCCUCGAGGAGCAGGUGUCCAGCCGCCAGAGAAACCCAAUAUCCGAUUACGAUUCCAUUAGCGGAGCUCUUUAUAGAAUGUUGAAGACCCAGAUUGAAAUUUUUUUCGGCGAUCCUAAAGUUGGAUGUAUGAGGAUCAUCGCGCUCUUGACAAACACUGGUCUUGCCAAACAGAUUGGCAAUGGUGAAGUACCCACCAGAGUCGCAUUGGGAUCCCGUAGCUACGAAAAUACAAUUAAGAAAGGCGAAGAGCUCAUUGAUAACGCUACUAAGUGGAAAGAAUUUUCAUUUUCGACGGAUUAUAAGAAUUAG